AUUUAUCAUUUACUUGACAAUAUUGAGUACAUGUCGCUUGGAUCCGUGUCAUCGGAGACAAUUCCCAGACGGGACAGCCGCUAAAGACCGUUUUAAAGAAUUUGGUUCUUGUGAUCGGGUGCGCAAAGCCCCCGUAGAGAGUAAUUGUUUUCAAUUGGGCUUCACACAUCUUGAACAACUUAGUACUCAACUCCUUCGCCGAGAUAUCAUACUGGAAAGCUCAACACAACUUUAGUUAUGUCCUCUCCAACCUCCGAUUUCUUCACUAAUGCGACACCAAGCGUUCCAACGGUGCCUUUUCAAGUAAAUCCCAUUUUGGGACUGAUUGUAGAAGUCGUGAUUUUACUUCUGAUUUGUGGACAUUUCUUUAUAAUUACAACUCUCGGUUUAUACAAGCCGUGGAAUAUUGCCGACCUGUUGUUGUUUUCGUUGUCCGUGGCGGAUGCCCUGAAUGCUGCGGUACCCCUGCAAAUGUUGAAUGUACUGAAUAACUUUAUUGGUCCAGAGACAUGGAAAGAAGCCUCAUGUGCUGUUUUCGUUAUACUGACAUAUACAUUCCGUAUUGCCUCAGUGUGCACAAUAACACUGAUAUCUGGCGACAGAGCUAUUCUAUUGACAAGACCGCUUCAACAUCAUGUCAUCGUUACGAUAGAGAGGGCGAGAGUAGCUGUCAUUGCAAUCUGGCUAUUCUCUAUUUUCAUGUCGAUUUUGCCGUUUAUUGGGGUUGGGAAAACGGGGUAUCGGAAAGGCUUCUGCUUUUACCAGCUGUACGAUUUCGGAGUGGCAUACGGUUACAUCAUUGAAAGCAUUGGUAUCGUGCAGUUAAUUCUCGUCUUGAUCUGUUUUAUUGCAAUCAAGUUAUCAAGCGGCAGGUUUGUAAAGCGCCAGUCGACGAUGGCAGCUUCCAGGCAAACUGGCGGGAAAAACAAGCAAGCGCGGGAAACGGCUGGCACACGGCAAGUAAAGCAAAUGUCCACUAUGAUGGCCAUGGUAGUGUUGCUGUAUUACAUUAGUUGGUUACCUUAUUUGUUAAUAAACCUCUACAGUAUGGUAACAGGGAAAUUCAACCACUCCCAAGUUAUCUUAGUUGGCAUGCUAUCUCUUGUAAACGCGCUCAUCAACCCCAUCUUGUACGGGAAAAUGAGUCUGCGAUACCGUCAGGGUUACAUUUUCACCUUCAGGAAAAUAUUAUCUUUGUGUGGUGCGUCAAAACCUGACGGCUCAUUCUUUGACGGUACACGUCGCGCUGCUUCGAAAAUUGCAAGAAACUCGACAGCAGGUACUUCCUGCAAUGCCAGACAAAGCAUUGAUGCUGCAUACCAAGAUGGCGGAUUUAAGAGCGCUAAUGAAGAAUCUUCAACGAGAAGAGCCGGCGUACGAUUUGAAGUCAACAACAAAGUGGAUAAUGAAGCAGAGGAAAGAGCAUCAAAUGCGUUUCUCUUGGUUGAAGACGGCAAUGCUAACUUGAGAAGUCCAGAUACCAGUUCAUUGCAAACUUCUUUACGGAGCGAAGAUGAAGACAUAAAGAAGAUUAAUGGAGAAUAUUCACCGCUGGAUGAAAGUUAUGACAGCGUGCUGUAGAUAAAUGACUUUAGAAGUCUGAUGUCAAUUAGUUUCACUUCUUCUGUCCAAAAAGGAACGCAGCUAACAAACACAAGACCGAUGAUUGUUGGCGGAGAUCUGGAGAGAGUGAUUGAUUUGUUGUUGGUAAAGAUUUUGAACCCCAUGAACCUUCACAAGACCUCUAAUGGAUAAGCUAGAAAAGAUACUGAAAAUCUAAUUGUGUUUAGAAUCGUUAAGCCUUUUUACGCAGUGAAUUCUAGCUAAAAAAAGGCCCUUGUUUGAUGUUGUCGAGCAUUUCCCUCAUUUGAGGAUGUUUUGUCUCCAAUGGUGAAGAAAAAAUUGAAAGGAAACGGUGAUAUUGAAUUCAAAUGGUAAAAAUAGGCUAAAAAAACCUGCUGAUUUUGUGCAAAGUUGACAGUUUUUAGUGCAUGGCGAUUUCAUGUUGAAUAUUGUAAAUAGAAUGGCUGAGUGGAUGUAUGUGUAUUUACAAAAUUGACAAACCAGUUCUCAGCGUAUUUCUUUUGCUUGGCCUUACUGUACUUCAAUUUUGACAUAUUCAAGUCAAAUACUUGAAUAUAUUAGAAAAUAUAA